AUAUGGAAAUUAAUCUCUGCCAUUAGCGGAAAUUUUCAAACACCGGAAAGACUGAUUUUAAAACUUAUAAAUAGGGAAUUACAUCUCACUAAUCAUCAACCUUUUCUCCACUCUUCUACAUACAAAUAAUCAUCCUCUCUUUCUCUCUCUUUCUCCACACAGACAAUAAACACAUAAAGACAGCCUCUAAUGGAUAUGGAACAGAAGACAAGAGGACUUGGCAAGUCAUGUGCUCUUCUCAUAGUGAUUGCGGGAAUGGAGAGAUAUGCGUUUAAAGGAGUUGCAUCAAACUUAGUGACAUAUCUAACAGAUGUGGUGAAGAUGAGUAACUCAAGAGCAGCCAAGACAGUUAAUACUUGGGCGGGUUUCACUUCUAUGUUGCCUCUCUUCUCUGCUCCUUUGGCUGAUGCGUAUUGGGAUAGAUUCUUCACUAUCCUUGCUUCUUCUUCUGUCUACUUUGUGGGGCUAGUGGGACUGACAUGGACGGCAUUUGCUGGGUCACGUUCAGCUACAAAGACAAUCUCCACCUAUUUUCUCUACUCAUCACUAUGUCUGGUCUCAAUCGGGUUAGGUGUCUUAAACCCUUCUCUUCAAGCCUUUGGUGCGGACCAGCUUGACCACGACCUUGAUAAGGAGUUUGAGCUUCUCUCCGGUGAUCAAAAAGACGCCAAAGCUACUCGAAAAACUCAGUUUUUUCAAUGGUGGUACUUUGGCGUCUGCGCUGGAAGCCUUAUGGGUGUCACAGUCAUGGCUUAUAUCCAAGACACUUUUGGUUGGGUCCUCGGUUUUGCAAUACCCGGAAUAGCCAUGUUCCUGUUGAUCUUGUUGUUCUUGUCGGGUUGCGGGAUCUAUGUUUAUGGUGCUGGUACUGGUACGGGUUUGAAGACGAAAACAACUCCUACACCUUUUGAGAAGAUCCUUAAGUUCAUCAAAGGGAGAGUAGUGAAGAAGAAGAAGAAGCAGAGAAGCACAUAUACACUUGCAGAUGAGGAAGAUUUGGAUGAUAUGGAGCUAGAGUUACAAGAGAGGCCUCUUUGUGAAUGCGAUGAUGACGCUGAGCCUGAAGACAUUGAAAAAGCUUCAACAACCCCACAGAAAAUGGAUGAUGAAAGUUCGAAACCGAGCUUCUCUGGAACUGAUACAAUCAAGUUAGUGCUUCGUCUUUUGCCCAUAUGGACGAUGCUUCUCAUGUUUGCGGUUAUCUUCCAGCUACCAGCGACCUUUUUCACCAAACAAGGCAUGACCAUGAAGCGAAACAUCGGUCCCAGCUUCAAAAUCCCCCCUGCGACCCUGCAAAGCACCAUUACUCUAUCCAUAAUCCUUCUCAUGCCGCUGUACGAGAAGAUCUUGAUCCCUGUCACCAAAAGAAUCAAGAACAACGGCCAAGGCAUCUCCGUGAUGGAGAGAAUGGGAGUUGGAAUGUUCCUAUCUAUCAUAGCCAUUGUUAUUGCGGCGCUAGUCGAAAGGAAAAGACUAGACAUAAGCCAAAAGGUGAAGACUUUGCCUGACUACGAUCCAGAAACCGUCCCGUUCAGCAUCUUCUGGCUGUUACCUCAGUACAUACUCCUGGGGAUCUCGGAUAUAUUCACAGUGGUUGGGAUGCAAGAGUUCUUCUACAGCGAGGUUCCGGUUAGAAUGAGAACAAUGGGGUUUGCUCUCUACACAAGUGUCUUUGGCGUUGGAAGCUUUGUGAGCGCAGGGCUGAUCUCAGUCGUGGAGGCUUACUCGACCUCAACAGGUGAAGGGCAAAACUGGUUUGCAGAUGAUAUGUCGGAAGCUAGGCUAGACAAAUACUACUGGCUGCUUGCUCUUACAAGUACUAUUAGCUUUGUGGUCUACAUAGUUCUAUGCAAGUAUUUCAAGAGUAGUAGUGAUCAAGGCAGUGAAGAAGAAAAAGCCCCUAAAUAAGAGUUUCGAUUUCUUUGGACUUAAAAAAGCUAACCGUUUGCCACAAUACUACAUGAGUGAUAUCUAACUGUAAUAGCUUAAGAAAUGACUAGCAAGAAGACACUUUUCUCUGUUACAAACGCAAAAGAUUUCAACUUUUUUUAUU